CAAAUCAGCGUUUGCAACCCUUCAGUACAGAAGUGUUCUCAAGUUUUUAAUUUUCUUUCAAGAAAGCCAAACCAACCCCCAAACCAACUCAAAAUGAAGUCCUUCAUUGCUCUGUGCCUGAUCCUCGCCGUCGCUGCCGUCAACGGUGCCGAUGACGUCAAGACCACCGAGAAGCGCGGAAUCUACAGCGGCCUGGGCUACGGCUACAGCGGUCUCGGCUACGGAGGCCUCAGCCACGGUGGAUACUACGGUGGUGCCCUGAGCCACGGAGCCGGAUACUACGGCGGUCUGGGCGGUCUGGGCGGAUACCACGGUGGAUACUACGGCGGAUACCCAGCCUCUGCAGGAUACCUCGGCGGCGCUGGAUACUACGGUGGUGCCCUCGGCCACGGAUACCCCGGAUACGCCGGACUCGGAUACCACGGACUGCACUAAACGGCGAGCAAUGCGAGCGUGUGAUAUCGAGUGAGGGCACGAGUCGGCAGCGCCACUGCGGACAAGUCCCGAACUGCAAAAAAGGCUGUUCCUGUUUUUUUACCCACCAACGACCCAAACCCCCCCAAUUUGUACCAACCAAAAGCGACGAGAUGAAGACUUUCCAACCUGGUCGGAGCAUCUCGCAAAACAAAAAGCGCAAACACACAAACGAUUUGUGCAAGAAAAGAGGAUUUAUAUUAUUUUCACUGUACGAAACUACUACCACUAUUUACAUAUUGUUUUGUGUUUACUACUUUGUAUACUCAUCAGAAACGGUACACUGUCAUUGUUUUAUUUGUAGUGUCUCCAAAUUGCUGUGUGUAAAUAAUUUGCGACGUUUUACUCCUUCACAAGAUUUUUUUACUAUUACUCCUUUACUCCCCUUAGUCUAUAGAUUUUGUACAGUACAAUAAAAAUUUUAUUGAGAAAAAAAA